GUACAGUUUUGAGCUGUGUUUAACUUUAUGGAGUUUAGACAGGGUAGAAGUAUGGUAUAGUUGUUAAAUUAUGAACAUCUUGGUCUUAUUGCACCGCUCUAUGCAUCUCCUGCAACUGUUGGUUCAUGCUGGUCUAGUGAUGGUAUUGACUGCUUUUGUUUGAUCUAUGGAGUUUUAGUUGCGGAAUGUGAAUACUUUCAUACACCUUCGUUAACUUGAUACUUACCCUGGUGGACGAAAUUUUGAAGUACCAGAACUUGCAUGUAUAUCUGUCAUGACAGCAAAUAGUGAGGUAGGAGUUAUCGAGUUUCACACGCGGGAGGCAGCUUCUCUACGUUCUACUACACGCGAGCAAAGUAUUGACGCGCUUCGGUUUUGGCUGGUACAAGAGAAGAGGGAUGAUAUUACCAACGAGAACUUGCAAGAUGAAUGGAUGCUGCAUGGGAGAGAAGGAAAGAGUAUGAAUGCCACAUGGGCAACGGAACCGGCAAAAUCAGGGUACGGAUGCGCCACUGAAUUGCUGAUACUUUGCUGCUACACUAUGUUAGCAUGCAUGUAUGGUGUCUUUACGCCGCACCUUUUAGCCCCUUCAGGAGUAAGGCUGCAGUGUAACAACUAUCAGAAUUACUACCAGUGUGCGAGCAAAGCCUUUGGCUUACUUUUGUGAGUGAAUGGUGCCAGGUUCGAUUUUUCGGGAGUUGUAGCUACUGGAAACGGUGCCCCUUGCGUGUUAAUGUUUUUGAGAAUUAGUUCGGUUUUGAUUGCUAUCAAAAGCUGCUUGUCGGUAGGAUGAUGCAACUGGAGCUGCCUUCCAUGCAGAUACUCAUGUCAAGUAAGUGCAUCACUCUCCUAACGUGCCUGCCAAUGUCAGGUACAGAACUUCUGAUUGUUGCGCCUGCCAUUGUCUUGGGAAAUCUUCCGGCUGUUGCCCCUGCCCUCCAUGUGUAGUAACGUUCGGAAUUGCGCCCAUGGUGUCAAACAAUGAUUGUACCUACAACCCAUCUAGUAACCUAUUGGCCCACAACAUUAGGCAAGAACAAGUGACUAGGGACAGUUCCCAACAGAUUUUCCCUGAUUCUAAAAAAAAGAUUUUACCUUAAUUACCCUAAAGAAACAGAUUACCUAAAUAUGGUCCCAUCUUUAUAUAGUUAACUUUUUCUAGAAAGAUCCCUUUUCUAUUUUGAUGUGCUGCUCAUAAGAAACUGUCAUGCUUUCUCCUACAUGUCGCAACUAGUCUUCUUGGCCUUAAUGCUCAUCUUCAGUUAUUGCAUUAUGCACAAUGUAAAAAGCUGUCAUGAUGUUGCCCAGUGUGGCUUGAUCUGAAAAUCGAGAUUUGUCUAUGAACAAUGGCGGAACAAGUUUGUUGAAGUCCAAUGGUUUUCUGAUGAUACGGUUUCACAAAUGUGGCCCAUUUAGGAAAAGAAAACCAUUUGCGAGGUGACACCCCAUGUUAUUGUUCACUUUGGAGCAUGCUCUCGGCUAUUUUCGCAAAGAACAUUUAUAUCAUUGCGGGGCAUUGGUAAACCACAAAUAUGCAUUGCCAAAUCCAAAUAUCUUGUGAAGUAACAACUUCUAGAAUGAUUGUGCGCUCACAUCAUAACUAAUGUAUAUCUUGGCGUGCUGUACUUUCUCCGCUUACAAUGCAUUUCGCUCAUGCUCUUCUCUCCAACUGCUAGUAAUCUUACUGUAUUAUCGUCGUAUGAAAAUUCAGUCCAAAGACUUAACCUUAACAAACCAUUUGAGAUUCAGCUGUGGCAUCCGCUGUUACUCCAUAAGCUGACAUAAGCAUGUAUAGGAGAAAAUUGGAUACAUCCAUACUUUCUCUCUUCACAACUUACGCAUAAUAGGAGAAAAUUGCACAUAAUAGUAGUCAUGAUCUUUCACAACUUUCGCUAUACGAAGAGAUAGCGAACGAGCCGCUCCAAGCUUUUGUGCGGUGACAAAACAUACUUUUGGGGUUGUUUAAGAAGCCUAUAUCUAAAUAUUUAUCAUGCAAUGAAAAAUGACACCAAGGACACGAAUGUAUUUAGUGUUACAAUCCAAUUGCUGUGCAGUAGGUGAGGGGUUGAGUGAUUACUUGAUCUGUUUGGUUUUGCUAAGGGUUGGUUUCUUAGUUCCCGUGAAGAUGGCCAGCCCUAGGGAAUGUAACACAAGAGAUAUGGCGUUGCUGCUCGGGGUCUUGGUGGGGAGGUGCAACGAAGGUAGGUCGCCAUGCGUUGCUUGCUUUGGGCUUGUGGUGGGAGAGAGGAUCUGCGGAGGGGGAUCGUCGGUGCUGCUCAGUUCUCGUGGCGAUGAGAGGAUCAAGACGAGGGGAGAAAAAUAACAGGAUGAGCGUUUGUUAAUCAAAAUCAGAAGGGAUCAAGGGGUUUGGAUUUUGUGAAAGACUACUGCAGGUUACGAGUGGCGGGCGCCACUACUCACCCUCCAACGUCUUUUGCUGCCGUGGUAACAUUUUGCACAUUACAUUAUAUCAAUACAUGCAUAUGCAUUGCAUUGCAUUUCAUAGACAAAUUGAUGCAUCACGUUCUUACAUGCAUCCAUAUACCGAAAUUCCAAUACGUUACAUUAUAUUGAUAUUCAUUACAUGCAUGCGUUUGACCUUAAAACAUCCUAGGGCUCCACCCGUUUCGGACCAGAGACCCGCCUUCCAGAAGAGCCUCAGGAACCACCCACCCGGCUAUGGUCGAGUUCUACCCUUCGGCCCCAUCUGCCUGCUCUCCUUCGGGGUCGCCUCCACCAAGAUGUAUAUGCAAGCUCAUGCAAUUGCCUCUAUGCCAUCUUCUGAAUACGGCGAACCGCACCUCCGAGAGCCCACCCUAAGUCGUUUGAACACUGUUGAUCCAUGCGAACAUUGCCUUACUGAGACGAUGUGCCCGCUCAUUGUCCGUCGCAAACUGCAGUGCCUGCUCCUUGUCGGUUGCAGGGACCCCAUCUGUCAUUAUUAGCACAUAGCAAAGAAUAAUAUAUCACCUACAUACGCAUCCAUAUACAUGCAUACACCACAUUUCAAUGUUGACACAAGAAGUACAUUAGUCAAGCAAACAAAAUACACAAGUGCACAUGCAUGCAUGCGAUGACACAAGAGUUUGAUAAAUCUAUAAGGAGGCUAGCUUGUGAGUUUCAUUCAUUGAAGAGUACAAGGGAGGUAUGUCGUCGGUGUUAUUGUAAGCGAGCAUCCCAUUCCUCCGUCAUAUCUUUCCCAUCGUAGAAGAUCCCGCUAGAAAUGACGGUUUGCUUAUUGAUAAUAAGCGCCAACACAUUUCAGAAGCAUCAACACUAUCUUUUCACCUUCAAAAACACCAUUACAUUAAAAUGUUCAAAUAUUCUUACAAUAUUUGUCGACCCAUUCCAUUAAGCAGGGCGGAACAAUGCCAACCAACAAACCAUCAGACACAUUGGCACCGUUUAUUCUUCCUAUGUUCUCUGAAAUAUAACAUCCCUGGUAAAUCACAGGAUUUUGAUUACAAGGCCAAUAUGAUAACGUGGGAUGCCGUGAGCACUGAGGGUCUCGAGCGACCACUCUCCUUGUUAGAAGUGGCCUUAUAAUGUUGUCAGGCAUUUUAUUGGCGUAGCAGUGAACAAUUGGUCAAAGAGUCAAAGGGUGCACGGGAUACAACCAAGAGGGCAAAGGUGAAACCUAUGUUUGUUAUUUUAUACGUUAUAUUGCACAUAUGAAUGUUCUUUAUCCCCAGAUGUGCAAGGCGAAAUAGUAUUAUAGGUAAACAAAGACAUACUCAUCCAUUAAUAAAAGGCAUACUCAUCCAUUAAUAAAAGACAUACUCAUCCAUUAAAAAGAGACACUCAUUAGUUUACAAGAAAACACACCACGUUUAUUGAAAUAACAUUCACAUAGUUGGAUAGAGAACAUGACACCAA